UCGCUGACCAGGGGUUAACCUACUCUCACCUUUUGUCAUCGCUCUCAGUCUGGUCCACAUCAUUAGCCUGUUCCACAUCAUCAGCCUCAGUCUUUCCUUCUUCAAACCAUCAUCCUCCUUGAACAUUUCAACCGCAAGCAAAUAACAUGCAGACAGCCAAUUCACAAGUCAAUUACUCCUCGGCCUCGGAUAUAAUUGGUGCCCUGCAAAACAUCCUCGCACAUUCACAACAGAUGUCAGACUUCAAAACCCCGCACUCCCGAGCCAAUCAUAUCCCCAACACAAAUUACCCCGCCAUUGAGCUCAAAGGGGAAUGCAUCAGCAAUAUCGUCGCAGAACGCCAGCAGCAGCUGGAUACAGUUUCGCUCGACAUCUCAGGGCUAGAAACAGUCAUGGGCAACAUCGAAAAUCUUUACAAGCAACUCGUCGAACAGAAGAACAAGAUCAUCCAGUCCAUGACUUUCUACAAGGGACUCGUGUCGUCUCUCUGGCGCUUGCCAACUGAAAUCUUAUCCCAAAUUUUUCACCUCUGUCUCCCCGAAGACAAGUACUUGUCACCCGCAUCGAAACAGGCCCCCAUGCUGCUGACCACAAUAUGCCGACCAUGGAGGGAGGUCGCUGUGGGUACGCCCAGUUUAUGGUGCAGGUUACAUGUAGAACCCACUGGCAGAGAUUGGGAGAAGGCGGUUGCCUUCUAUCACUCAUGGCUCAGGCGAGCACGAAGACACCCGCUCUCAUUAGCAUUCAAAUGCUGGAACUCGUCUGAGCAAUUCAGCCUUCUUGAGCCAUACGUCAAACGAAUCUCGUCCCUCGCCGUCCGUGUUUACCACGAACCGGGAAAUUAUGAAACUUUGUUGAAAGACCUACCCCGGCUACCCGCACUUCAGGAGCUUGUCUUACAAGGUUCAACACUUUCACCUAGGAUGUCAAAAUCUAUCUCGCGACUGCCGUCCACUAUGCAUAGCCUCGAUGUCUCGGACAUGCCGGCGUUCGACAUCAGUCGCUUAUCUUGGCUCAAUCGUGUAUGGGUCCACCUGACGAACGUCAAGAUCUCCAUAAGUCACCCGGAUGCAUUACUCCACUUGCUCCGUCUAUGUCCAAACCUUUCCUCAUUAACGGCUCGCACAUCAUUCUACGAAGCGCAAAUCUUGGAGCCACUUACGCACGCCAACAUUCAAUCCUUAUCCGUCGUGAACCUCUCUGGUAACAUAGGGUGUUUAACUGGCCUGUUCAAUGCCUUGUCACUCCCCAAUUUGCGCGUUUUUGAAUUGUGGCACAGGGGAAGCAACCUAUGGUCUCACGAGGUUUUGAAGGCAUUUUUGGCACGGUCGAGGUGUUCCCUGGAGAGCCUGAUCUUCAGCGGUCAGCUGACGGUGACAGAGGUGCAGCGAGCGGAAUAUAUUGCGCUUAUUCCUUCUCUCAACGUCAUAGUGGGUCCCAGGAGUCAACACUUUUCAUAAGGGCUCAGCUGUUACCUGCAAAAUGAUUGUAGUACCACCGAUGCCUUCCACCACUUUUCUGAACCUCGCUCGUAUCAUCGGACACUGCUGGACCAACGACGUGCAAUACAGCGCGAGGAGCAUCCGAAGAUCAAGAGUAUUACCGCACCCAUGUUUGACCUUGACGCAGAGAUAGAUACAUGGAGUACAUCGCAGCGGGGUUUUGUUACCUACCUUCCUGUAUCGUACACAGACCAUACCACUGCUUCAAAGGCGAGAUCUAACUCUACGUGGACUCCCAGAAGGCUAUAAAGAUUUUUUCCCUACUUGUGGUUAAAGGUACAACUAAGCGAUAACGCUUCGCAACACCAUGGGUUUGUG